AUGGCCAUCGCAUUUAGACGUCUAAGUGCAAUUAGAGAUUCACUUCAUCUAGCAGGUAUCGAGAAGGACCCAGAACAAAUUCUAGAGCCCAUCUAUGGUUAUGCUUCUGAGCCGCUUCUCUCUCUGGAAGAAGCUUGCGAACCGCUGCUGCCGAUUGUUGCUGGUCUACCGGAGCAUAUUCGUAUCGCUAUAGAGAACUCAAAAGAUCCUGCCGAUGGUCUCACUCGCCAAGAAUCAGCCGCCAUUCGUCUCUACAGUAUGGAGUGUGACUCUGACAAUGUAGGUGCUUAUGUAAGUCUUUAUUCACAUCUCAAUGAAACACUUAAACACGCCGAUCGAGCUGAACUUAGACCCUGGUUUCGCUACCUUAAAUUAUUUCUUACUGCCAUAGCUAAACUUCCACCAUGGUCUGGUGGUGUUGUGUGGCGUGGAGUUCGCAAAGAUCAAAGUAAUGCAUAUCCACAAGGCACUGAAGCCGUAUGGUGGACUUUUUCAUCGUGCACAUCAGCGCUGGGCGUUCUCGAGUCCGAUUUUUACUCGGGCAAAGUCGGCACUCGAACACUAUUUGGGAUUGAAACACUCAAUGGACGAAACAUACGAAAUCAUUCCCAUUUCCCAACUGAAGAUGAGAUUAUACUAUUACCGGGCACGCAUUUUGAAAUCCCAUCAACUAAACGAGCUGGGCACAAAAAUGGAGCAACAUCAAAUUCGCCUGGAAACGACACGUAUAGUAGGCAUGAGGAAUCAGCAAACAGUUUUGAAACCCAUGAAGUAGAACUGUGGAAUCUUCGUCAAGUUUAUGAAUGGCUGAAACAUUUUGGUAAAAUGUAUGCCAGUGAUGCUGAUAAAUUAUAUUCACAUGGUGUAGAUGGACGAAUGCUUCUAUCUGCUGUUGACGAUCAAAGUUUACAAGAUAUAGGAAUUACAUCAAUCAUGCAUAGACGGAAAAUACUAAUGACUAUCGAUGAUUUAAAACUGGUACAAAUAAAAAGACAGUCUAUAAAUCCUUCUCACAAAGAAGGAACAGCGACAGCAGCAUUCUAUGGUCA